AUGAAGUUCUCAGCGCCGCCGAUCCCGCACUGGGCGGUUGACAACUUCCGAUCGCCGUUUGCGGCGGCGGCAAGCUUUUGCCAGAUCUUGUCGUUUGUGGUCGUGGUCAUCGCUCCUGGGCUCCCUGCUGGUCUCGUCGUUGUGGCCACGCUGGUAUGGCUGGCGACGCCACUCGGCGUCCUCGCCGCCAUCGAAGGCGCAGACAAGAUGCACAAGUUCGGGAUUGGGCUUGCGGUGAGCCAGAUGGUCAUUGUGGUAGCUAUCCUGACGAUGGUUAUUGCUCCCGAUGAGCAGCACUUGCCAGCAGACGAUGACGGCGACGGCGACGCAGUCUUCGUGGUGGCGUGUUCUGCUUCCAGCUUUACGCUUGCAGUGGUGGAGCUUGUCGGCUUGCUCAUGGCACGCAAUGAGCGGAUUAGCCGGGCGCUGGGCUACACCGCUCAGCGACUGCGGUCACCAGUGCCGGGCGAGUCAACCGCGCGGCCGCUGGACUGGUUCCGGUUCCCGGUCCCGGUCCUCACCGCUGGCAUGCUGAUCUGGCUGGCAUCGGUCAUAGUUGCUGCUGUUGCCUUUAUCAUUGUCUCGAUGAUGCUUGACCUAGCAGUCUCUCUGCGAGGAGCCCCAGCUCUCACCGACAUCAUGAACAAUGCCAUCAACUUGCUGCAGUUCUACCAGGUUGUCGUGCCUCCUUUCAUCGUGCUUUGCGGUACUGCAGGCGCGCUUGGCUUUGGGAGGCAGUUCCGCACCGACGUAACAGCUCUGAUGGCAACAGGCAUCAAGCCAACGGGUCUUACCGACAAUGCGUUGCUCAAGGGUAAGGUCUCCCCAAUUCUCGUACCGUCGCUCCUGGGCCGUGCGCUUGCCAAUGCCUUCUUCUCACUGAUGGUGCUUCUUUUCAUCAUUUUCUUUGUCUUCACACCGCUCGUUGUGCUCUUUGUCGUCUACGAUCCCUUUUUCCAGUUUGUCAUCAAGUUGGGCUUCUCAUCGCUCGGCUCGCUACUGGGCAAGAAGGUGUGGCGCUGGCUUCUACUCACCUUUGUGUAUGGCCGGGGCGAUCCGUUGGAGAUCUUACAUCCGCGGCGGCACGCCAUCGUCAAUGGCAUCGAUAUCAUCGUCACGUUUGUGUUUGACGCCGGUGUAGCGUUCUUCACCGUUGUCCUUGCCAUCGUCGCCAACGUGAUCUUUGCCUUCCGGCCGGAUAAGUCACUGUUUCCACGCGGAUGGGAGCUGUCGGACCCGUCGUAUCGGUCUUAUCUGGCAUGCGUUGCCAUGUCGGCCGCGUACACCAACCCGAUCGCUACAGCCGCGGUGGAGAUAUUGCGCAAGCCGAGCCACAGGCUCACACGCGCGCGCAAGAGGUGGGAGCUUGCCAUCACGCUCUCGCGCAACCCAUCGCUCAUCGCACAUCGCCGAAAGUGGCAUCGACUCGUCGCCCCGCCCGUCGCUCUGCCUGAGUCGGUGCUCGACGGCAGCUCGAGCUCGUCGACCGACGGCAGCCUCAGUGCUAUCGAGCUCUUUGAGCCGGUCUCGGCCCGGCGGGCCAGUAGCGACAACAGCUCCAGCAGCGGGUACAGUCAGAUCAGCAAGGUAUCCAACGGUGGCGAAGGCACCGACCCGCUCAUCUUCUUCGAGUCGCAGUAA